CUUAACUGGCCGAAUGACAUGGGCGGUAAUUUGACACAAAAUCUACAUUCUUUCCGUCGUCCGGUUGUAAUGGGGCAUCCAACAGACCCUGUUAUACUUCGCGACUUGGCCGUGUCCUCUAACGCCAACAACCGGCCCUUGAUACGUUGCCAUGACGAUAUGAUUAGUCGUCCCGGUGACCGCUUAGUUUGCAUUCCUGAGUCUCAUCUGUUCUGUAUCCCCUGCCGGUGUUGGCGAGAGUUGAUUGUGUCACGAAUUGCCAGUCCACCCGACGACUAUUACGCCCAGGCUCUUUUCAUCACAAUAAAGGCCAACUGGACAUCUUCACUUCCGGAUGGGAGAAGCGGCUGCACACGAGGGUACCGGACAUUCCCAGUUGAGUACCACUACAGCAAAAUGACCAGUCUCAAAGGCGACAGAUGA